UUUAGUAUAAUUAUUACUUUUGUCAGGUAAAAGUUCAAACUUGGAUUGAUGGUGUAGAGAAUGAAGAAUUUGUUGGCGUGGGAGCUAGAUUUGGCACUACCAUAGUUUCUAAGGAGAAAAAGGCACAGAAUGAUCACCUUACUCUUGCGGAUCCUCGUGAUUGUUGCAGCAUGCCAAAGAAAAAGUAUUCUGGAGAUGUCAUUAUGGUUGACCGUGGCCACUGCAAAUUCACAACAAAGGCAAAUAUUGCAGAGGCUGCUGGUGCUUCAGCUGUCCUCAUUGUAAAUAACCAGAAAGAACUUUACAAGAUGGUCUGUGACCCUGAUGAAACUGAUCUAGAUAUACACAUACCUGCUGUCAUGCUUCCACAGGAUGCUGGUGCCAGCUUGGAAAAGAUGCUAAUGAAUGGUUCAUCUGCAGUGUCUGUACAGCUAUAUUCUCCACGGCGACCACUAGUUGAUGUAGCAGAAGUAUUUUUAUGGUUAAUGGCUGUUGGUACCAUCUUGUGUGCAUCUUAUUGGUCUGCAUGGAGUGCCAAAGAAGCAGCUAUGGAACAAGACAAGCUUCUAAAGGAUUCUGUGGAUGAAACUCCAAAUGCCAAAGAUGUUGGUGGUAGUGGUAUUGUAGACAUCAACACAGCAUCAGCGGUCCUGUUUGUUGUUAUUGCUUCAUUCUUCUUGGUCGUGCUUUACAAACUUAUGUCAUACUGGUUCAUUGAGCUGCUAGUCGUUCUUUUUUGCAUAGGUGGUGUAGAGGGUUUGCAAACUUGCUUGGUGGCUUUAUUAUCAAGGUGGUUCAAACAUGCUGGCGAGUCAUUCAUCAAAGUACCUUUCUUUGGAGCUAUUUCAUACCUUACUCUGGCUGUUUUUCCAUUCUGCGUAACAUUUGCUGUUAUUUGGGCUGUUUAUCGUAAGGACUCCUUUGCCUGGAUAGGUCAAGAUAUACUUGGUAUUGCAUUGAUAAUUACAGUUCUUCAAAUUGUGCAUGUACCUAAUCUCAAGGUGGGUACAGUUCUACUCAGUUGCGCCUUCUUGUAUGACAUCUUUUGGGUGUUUGUUUCCAAGAAGUUGUUUCAUGAAAGUGUGAUGAUUGUGGUAGCUCGCGGUGAUAAGAGUGGAGAGGAUGGUAUUCCAAUGCUACUGAAGAUUCCACGCAUGUUUGACCCAUGGGGUGGUUUCAGUAUCAUAGGAUUCGGUGACAUCCUUCUACCUGGAUUAGUGAUAGCAUUUUCACUCAGAUAUGAUUGGCUGGCAAAUAAGAGUCUUCGAGCUGGAUACUUCUUGUGGGCAAUGUUUGCUUAUGGUUUCGGUCUUCUCAUUACAUAUGUGGCACUGAACUUGAUGGACGGGCACGGUCAACCAGCAUUGCUUUACAUCGUCCCCUUCACACUAGGAACUUUUCUUACAUUGGGGAAGAAGAGAGGUGAUCUCAAGGUUCUGUGGACAAGAGGAGAACCUGAAAGACCCUGCCCCCAUGUCCAAUUCCAACAUAGUCAGGAACUAAAUGAAGAAAAAUAAAGGCUUGCUGUAAUUAUAGAGUGUAGAGAUUCUAGUGUAUGUCUAAUCAUUGGAAAUCAGUUGAAAAACUAAACCAGCCUGUCAAGCUUAGCAACCAUAACAUGGGAAGAUAAAUUAUGCAGCUGAUAAUAUAUUAAGUGUUAUAAAAGAUUUGUUUCCUGUAAAAAUCUUCCUUUUCCA